AUGCCUUACUAUUGUACGGUACCGCGUUGCACAUCUAUGGCUGGGAAAGCUAAAAACGUAUCGUUUCAUCAAUUCCCAAGAGACGAAGAGCUCGCGAAAUUAUGGAAUAAAAUAUUGAAGAGAGGCAAACCCUACACAAAAUAUUCAAAAGUAUGCAGCUUACACUUCACGGCUGACGAUUAUACGAUAACAAGCGGCCAAAAAAAUAAAGGUCAAUGGCGUACAUUAAGAAAGGAUGCCAUACCGUCACAGAAUCUACCAACUGAUUCUCCGAUCGCAUUGCAGAGGAGGAAUUCUUGGACACCUCCUACUGUAAUUGAUCCUAAGAUGCAUCAACAGAUGGCCCAAGCUAUUUAUGUGCAGACAAUGCUAGCUAUGCAAGCUGCUUCCAUAACCGGAACAGUCUUAAAUGAACAACCCUCUCCGACUAUGGAAGACGCAGAAUCCUCAUCAACAUUUCACAAUCUAACACAAUUCGAACAGAUAUUCACAGAAAAUGAGCACACGGAAACACAAGCACAGGACGAAACGCACACAGACACAUUCAGAUGCGCACAGUGCACGAAAUGUUUCAAAGAUCCCGAUGUUUUCAUCCUACACAAACGGACACACACAAACGACACAGAAGACAUGCUGAAAGCCAACCCAAUAUUGGCAGGGCUGCUAAAAAAUCAAGCGGAUACAACAGAUAUUAAGAACGUAAAGAGCAUAGAAAACCAAAUAAUGACAGCCCUAGCUGCGAACAUGGAGAACUACCUCCGAAAUCUAUCAACCAUCAUGACGAAUAACAGCGGCAUAGAAGAUGAGAAUUUCGAACAUAGAAUAGAAUCUCAGAACUGUGAUAGCAAAGACUUGGAAUCAUCAGAUUCAAAUUUAAUUAUAGACGAAGACGCAUGUUAA